AUGUUUCGGAGGGAACAGCUACCUUCUCCAGUAGAUUUGGAACUUCCUCAGAGCGAACUUGAAGAAUUUUUUGUUGGCCUAGAUAAAGUUAUUGAUCUCUCUCAACCUGAUAAAUGGCUCCGCGGCAACUCUGGCUUUCCCAAACCAAGUAUCAAAGCUGGUGUUGAUGAUGAGCCACCUAGCAAAGCUACUAAUAUGCUUGCUGGUGAUAAAGGCACUAGUAUUAAUCUUUUCUCUCCGCUCUCCUUUCGUUUUACCACAAAUAUUGCAUCUGUAUACCAUACAUCUGAUCAAUGGAUUGAGGGUGAUUCCCUAGACUUUCCCUUCUGGAAUUUGCAAGGGACCAGAGCUGAUGAUCCGGAGUAUCUUCAACUUAUAGAGAAGUUUGAAGCUGAAUUUUGUAGACCUGGUCAAGUGCCUAUUGAUUUAGAUAUUGUGAAUCCUGAUAUUCUUCGUCCUAUCAUCUGCAAGGAGGAUCCCUACCAGUAUCCAUUGGCUUCUCUUUACCCUAAGAAAGUAAAGGGGAGGAUAAUUUUGGCGUUUCUUGUCAAAGAAGGGGUUAUCGUGGCUGCUGAUCAUCAAAUGCCAUUAUUCCGCUUAAUAGUCACAUUCUCGCUGCUAUUUCUUGAUGACAUUGACAAGGGACGAGCUUUGCUGCUUGAUGUGCGAAAUAAGUGCUACGGUGGAAUUCCUGUCGAAGACACAGCAAAGUUGGUGUCCGAAGCUCUCUUAACUUCUCAUGGUAAUGAGGAGGGUUUGUCAUUAACUACAAUAAUCGCAGGUUUCCGCUCAGAUUUGACAGCUGAGCGAGGUAUAGAGAUGGGCAAGUGUGCAAUUUGCAGGGCUGGAUAUAGAGCUUGUGAAACUGGUGGGUUUGCCAGUGGUUACUACAUCGGAGCUGGUGGUUGGAGGAAGGUGUUUGAUAACAUAAACAUUGAAGACACAAUCGAAAUUCAUUUCCCAGACCAAUUUGAUGGCAGGCGUGUCCCAGUCCCUCAUUAA